AACAGCUGAUUCGUAUAUCACGCAUCUUAUUCGUAUUCCUUUCGCAGACGAGAAGUGCAAAAUUUUCAUGGGUGUGUUUUCUGUGUAGUCGAGGUGAAAAUUAAAUGCAAAUUAGACAGCACAAAGGUUUUAGCAAUCACAGAAUUUAUUAGCCUAGACCAUGUAGAGUGAAAAUUUUAAUUAUUUUUUAUACAACUUACAUAUGAACUACAAAUGAUAAAUGUUUCAACGCAGCGGAGCACAUGCGUCAAUACGCAUCGCAACCCACCAACAACAGCCGUCAAGCCUUGCUGCGCCCACGUCUGGCAGCGAAAUGACGGAAUUUCUAAGUGCAACUGCAGCACCAGGAGGAAGGACACCGCUAACCAAAAAAUUACUUCUAACAUUACUGGUACUGGUUCAGGUAUGCUUCAUUUCGUGUCUGUGGCUGUUGCAAAUAGGCGGAGGCCUUAAUGCCAACACCAAUGAGGUAGCAGUACUGAAUGAGGGCAAACAAAAUAUGGCAAUCAAUACCAAGCCCUCUGUCUUGAGUGCUAUGCCACAUGCGGCAGCAUUGCACGGGAUGAGGCGAGUUAAUUUUAUUACAAAAACGACAGUAUUGGGAUUAACCGAAACUGUGGUCAGAAAUGAAGUUUUAAAUCACGAUUUAUCACCACCUGUGAUAGGAAAUAGUCAAUCAGGGAAAGUAAGCAAUUUCAGAAAAGACUUUUAUCUAAAAACAAACAGACUGAAUAAAACCAUAGAACUAAGAAACGGAACCAGCUUAGUGCCUGAGCUGGACAACGAUGCAGUUUGGUGCUUCCGUGAGGGUAGCAUUGACGAAUUCUCGCAACUGUCGAAUGAUGAUGAUGCGCAAAAUGACGCACUCUCUUGGGAAGAGGACACGCAAUGCAAAUGUCGCGCAGGUUGGCAUGGACGUGACUGUGGACAACCGGAGGUUAUGUGGCGUGCGCUGCUAACGGCAAAAUCACACUUCCGCUUGCAGCAACCAAGUGAAACACAGAAUGUUAAUCAAUUAGUUUACUUGCUGGAAGGAAAUUUCUUCAAUUUAGAUUUACUCCAAUUACAAAUACAAAUACUGGCAGAUAUAGUCGAUUAUUUUGUAAUAUUUGUGAGGCCAGCGCGCAAGGACAUAAAAAUGCUCGAGCAUUGGUUAAGAGAAACGUUAGCAGCGAACAAAUACCUGAUUUUCCAAUGUGACACUCGGCAUGUGUUAGAAGCCAAUUGUACGACAGCACAAGCCUAUGCAUACUUCCGCCAGCAACUGAAACGUGAGCAGCGCCAACUGGAAUUAAAGCCAACCGAUUUGCUGCUUUACACCGGAGAUCGUGUGUUGCCAUCAUUUCAAGCACUGCAAUUCCUCAAAUAUUAUGCAACGGAUGUGCGUACCGUACCUUUUCGACUGAAAUUUGUUGUGUAUGGGUUUUAUUGGCAACAUCCAAAGCAAACUCAUCUUAGCGGUCUUAUAAGUUCCUUUGUCCAUGUGGACAACCCAAGCCAACUAAUAGAUGGUGGUGGCAGAAAUCCAGCCAAAAUAAUGCAACGAAUUCUUACAGAAGGUAGUCAACCACCGCCAUUUGUCAUCGGCGAUCUCAAUCACUUUGGUGGGUGGUUUUGCAAAUAUUGCCAGCAGCCAGAAGAAAUAGUGGCCGAAUUGCACGCUGAAUCGAACGCCACGAGACAAGUGCAAUUUCCUGAUGCGGUACGUAGCCACAACAUUGAUGUGGCCUAUUUGCAAAAGCUUAUUGCCACUGGUAUCUAUGUUGAUGGGAAAACCCAACUAAUACGUAAUCGUCGAUAUUCCGACAAGUAUUAUGCACCGCCAUUGACGGAAACGGAAAAUGCAAAAUAUGGAAAUCUAUUAGUAAAUUUAUACGAGUCAUUUGAUGAUGAUAUUGAAUAUGAAGCUGGAGAUUAUUGAUGAAAAGAUAGACAGCAGUUGAUCAAAUCAACUGAAACUACAUACAUAUGCAUAUUGGUUGCCUUGACGUAAUACAAUUAGAUGUGGAAAAUGUCAUUGAACCGUUAACAAAAAACAAAAGAUUCAAAUUCGAUUGGAUAUUAAAACACUACCGAAAAUACACGUACAUGCAUGCUGAAAAGUUAUAUACCAUAACUUGUACCUAAGUAUUGAUUAAAAUAUAUUUUCUUUAAGCAUAAAUAAAUUAUGAAUGUUUGCAAUCGAAAUAAGAAUAGUUUAAUGGUUAAAAUCGAUAAACUCCCUUGACAGGCAUUCAUGAAAACAAAGUUAAAUGUAACUCUAGUAUUUGUGGAAAUCUAGUUUUGAAGAAAUUAAAAAUUUUCAUGUUAAUAUUCGAAGAAUUAAGGUAGUGAAAACUAUCUAGCAUUACAUCUAAUUUAUUAGCGGUUACUUCUUUUGUAAAGCGCAAUACUGCUGCAAAUUGUUUUAUUUAAUUUUAAAUAAUUUCUUAAAUAUUUUCGAAGACUUGCUAUUUUCGAUCACAGAACGCAUUAACAAUCAUACUUUUAUAAAUUUCUAUAUUUACGCUCUUAUUUUAUGUAGCAUCAAAUACAAAUUUAUAUAAUAAGAAUUUAAUAAUUAAAGGCCACCAAUCGCCUUAAAGUUCAGUACUACAAAUUGAAAAACAAAAAAAAAAGUAUAUUAUUUAUCAUUAUAAAAUUUUUUUUAUGGGUGCAACCAUUUUCGCUUGUUGCAGUAAUGACAUAUCAGCAUAGAUGUUAAUUAAAAAAUAUGCACAAAUCGGAGUAACUGGAAAAUAUAUGUACGUUUGCUCCCGCAUUUCUUGUACUAUGUAUCACAUCGCUCACCUUACUAAUUUGUAGUUAUUCAAAGAACAGAUGUACAGAUGGAAUUUUUUUGUAAUUCAAUAACAUUUACGUAGAUUUAAAUUUAAAUUAACAAAAACUGUGAUAAAGUUAAUAAGAUAAAAAUCCAAAAUAAUAUGCAAAAUUUAUGUUCAUUUGCAUAUUCUUGCCUGAAUCUCUCAAAUUUAAAUUGUUUCAAAUAUUUAUACAUGAAAACAGCGAAUUUAUUUGUACUUUUCGUAAGUUUAUAGCCAAUUAUAUGUAUAUUAUCCCAUAAGCAUUUAUUACUUUAUAACACUUGGAAUUCUCUAGCGAAAAAGGCAUACAUUGUGUUAGAUAUCAUCAUUUAAAACUCAUAAGUAUGUUAAGAAAUAAGAUUCUAUGUUCGUGUCUGUUUAAUACAAAUUCAAUCGAAGUGAAUUGUCCUAAUAUAUAUACUCAUAUAUGUAUGUAUAUAUGUACGGAAUAUGUCGAUAAAUAAAAAAUGCUUCACCAAA